AGGGUUUAGUUUUUGUUUCAGAUUUUCUGAAACAACGUUGUUACGAAUGCUUCAUUAAGCUUGGUAGUUAAACACAGCCACACAGAAAUUCCGAGAUAACCGACCUACUUAAGAGCGAUUUAUCGACAUCCUCAAAAAUCAUGGUGGCGCAACCAGCGCAGCUUGUUCUCUAUAAUGAAGGAGGGGCUGACAUCCCAAGUUCUCGUUUGAAUCAAGAACCUAUAACUCCUGUUGUCCACAUUCGGACAGAAGAGGAUUCACCAAUCCAAUUGACUGUCAGUCAAGGGCCGACGACAGCGCCUCCAUCCCGCCACUUGCCAAUCAUCGGUCCGCCAAGUCCAAGAAAAUUGACAGGAAAAUAUCGGCAGAUUCCUUCAAUUAAGGUUUCGCCACUUAGACACAGAAACACAACUAUGCUUUCACGAAAACCCCUUAACAACCUAGUCUGGGGAGAAAUCCUACCCGACAAGCCCAGGCUUCAGCAGUUCAAACCACCGAGCGAGAAGGACCAACAGACAGGAAAGCUGACUAGAAUCCCCGUCCAAAACCUGAAAGAGGAACACGCCGACUUUACGCCAGAAGACUUAGCCGACCUUUCCAUCGAGGCAAUUCUGGCCAUCACUGGAAUAUCUUUGGGUGAUGAGAAACCCACUCAGAGCGCCACCAAGGAAGAGUCAGACGGGUGCUUUGUUGUCCGGCAGGUAGUUGUCUGGGCUGAUGACAGUGGUGGCAGACAAAGAGAAAAAGACUCUCCAGUGGCCGACAGCUGCUUAUUGUCUGUCACCAAAGAAACCAAUCCAUCAAAAGACCUUCCACACGACCACAAAGAUGAUGGUAAAGUUCUAGACCUCAUCGAAGACUCAUUAUUUGGAGACGAAUUAGACGAGGAAGGGGAAGACUCCACCGAUCGCAGUCCCUUAGAGGACCCACCGAUCACUGCUACAAACCAGCCUCGUUUCCCACCUCGACUGCCUCCGCUGCGCCCUAAGUGUGACUUAGAGCCGAACAAAUCUUACGGAAAGAAAAUGACCAAGAGAAGUAAACAGAAGCAAAGGCAGAAUGGUGAUCAUGGCCUGUUGAAGGGACCAUUUUUGAAAGAAUCUGAUUCCAAAUUCGAGUCAGAGGAGUCCAGGUUGAACAGCAAAGGGUAUAAUUGUCAACUUUCUAGCAACAAUAAUGGCAGCACUGAAGACCUGCAUCGUAAUAGAGCCGGAUGCACAGAAGUCCCAAAGCCCUCUCAAGGCUCUCUUGAUAGCAUCUUGCAGAUGAUGAUGACCAACCUAGUGCCUGACGAUUAUACAACUGAGGCAACAGUGGCCAAGGCAGCAAAUUCUUUCUCGGUCCCACCUGUGUCUGCUCCCGCAGUUAAAGUUGCCCAACACGCCACGCCUACUGUGAGCAUUCCACUUGGAUUUGGGAUCGACAAACUUCAAGACGAAUCAAAGAUUACUUUGACAGGCCCCCAAGAUUUCGAAGCAGGUGUAACAAACUGUCCUGCUGAUUUGACCAUGAUAGAAACAUCUUAUCCACCAACUGGAUUCUUCUUGAAAGUUAGGCCAUCAAAGGUGUCGACAGUCCCACCUCCUCCUGGUUUCUUAAGACAAAAUGUCCAGAGUGGAAGCACUCAGAGUGAGGAGAGCAAUGUUGAGCAAACUAACGGUGUUGAUGAGAAAUGUCAGGAUGGCACAGCGGUGUCUCAGAAUCACCAUAGCAGUGAAGACUGGUACUAUAAGGUGCCGUGGCCAGCAGACUGGAAAGAGAAGAAUCGUGAUGCGUCUCACUUACCAGCAGGGCUCCGGAAAGCACUCCACAUUGACCUUAGCUGGUUGCAGCAGGAUGGUGAUGACAAACCGAAACUUAAGCCAGGGGGUUCAAAUAUGAACACCGAUGACACCAAAGCAAUCAAAGGAAAAAUGGCAGACAAAGUCCAACAAAUGAGAAAUGGUAACAACAAUCACAUUUUAAGCAACACAGAGGCAUCAAAAGAUACACAAUGUAAGAGGAAGCCUACUUGGCCUAAUUCCUCAGGAACUGAUCUCAGAAAUCUUACAAGUAUCAGUAGUUCUCCAACAGAUCUUGGAAGGACAACGUUCUUGAGUAUAGGAUCCUCUGAUAACCCUUGCUCAGAAAACCGAAAUCAAGGAUCAUGUUACAUCAGCAAUCUGUCAAUAAGUACAAGAAGUGACUCUUUGUUGUCGCAGUCAUCACUUACUAGCUGGGGAUUGGACGUCGAUGAACUCAUCCUACUCUUGUCUGAUGACGACAGUGAGUGCACCUCUGACGACUUCUUGUCAGAUGAUGUCACAUUCGUUUGUGAAAACUACGGCACCGUCGAUCACUCUCAACAUCACCCCAAGUCUCUUCAAAGUCCGCUCCUCUCACCGGACAUUGUGUCUCCGUUCUGCUUAACUCUUGCAAAUGGUGAACACGACGUUUUUGAUCUUCGCCAGGAUAGCAACAACAGGCGGUAUGACCCAAGACGUUACAUUGAAGAGGAUAUUUUUCUCAAACCGCCGACAGAAUCUCGAGAUAGUCUUGACAGAUAUCUCUCCGAAGGGACGUGGACAGAUCAUGAACUAGAAUAUAUCUUCAAGGCUUCCGUCGUUAAGAAAACAAAAUUUCAACUUAAUCAUUCCAGAAACGCGGAAAUAACGAUUACUGGUGGAAUUGCUGAGAAAAGAGUGCCCGAUAAUGUAACUUACCGUAUCUCAGUCAGGUCGACAGAAAUUGAUGACGCUCAACUUCUUGUAGAAGACAAGAACCCGAACCCUCGCCUAGAUAUUGCUGCAACCGAUGAUACACAUUCAUUAGAAGUCCAGUCACAACAACGGACGGAUAACUCAUCCUUGCAACCCGCACUCGACGUCGAGAAGUGGAUGAGGUUUCACGAUGCUCAGAUGGAGCAAGCAAUAAGGAUGGAGAGGCUCGCUGGAGGGCGCUCUGUAUCUGCCCCUCAACUUGUGACCUCCGACAAUUCUUAUGAUCGAGUUAUAGACUGGGUUCGAACCUCUGAUUUUUCUCUCGCGCCUUCCAGAGGAAAGGAUGAGUGGGGCUAAAAUUUCCUUUACUAACUUUGGGGUUUUCUUUGUGACAAUGACUGUACCUAACAUAUUCUCCAAGUCAUUUCCUGAAAGUCUUCAAAAUGAAAGAACAGAUUCGGUGACCAAUCUGCUGUGUUACUCAAGGGAGAUCAUUGGAACCAAGAAAACGGUUUAAAUUUAUUUUAAACAUAUUAAUUGUAUUUUUUAUUCAAAUGCAGUUGUCUAGUCACACCAGUGAAAAGCGAAUAUGUGUGGCCUUUUCACUUCGAUUGUACAGAAAUCCAAUUAUGUUAACUCAAGAGAAACACCAUCUAUCAAAUUGCACUGAUCUACGUGCAUGUUAAACCCGCUAAGAGAAAGCCUAAAACUAGGAGAGAAAUUGCAAAUUCAUGUUAUAUACCAUACAGCUUUAAUAUAAUUACUUUUUAUUAAGAAAUACAAAUGUUUGGGUUUCUGAAAAAAAAUGACAUCGAUCUUUCUGUGACUUCUAAAUUCUGUUGUAAUUUCUGCCAACCGUUGGACUUUUUUCCUACUGAUUGUAAGUGGUAUCUUUCACUGGAUUGUGAACUUAUCAAUUUAUAUGUUAUGUAGCUUUGUAUGGGUAUAGUACCGUCAGUCACCCUAUGGGGUAAAGGAGUAGUCUUCACAUUCGAAAGUUAUUAAAAUGAUCAAAACGUUUUCCAGGUUUAUAGCCAUUUCAAAGCCAAUUUUCUUGAGAUCAAAGCAUUUUCUUCACGUUGACGAAAGUGUAAACGGUGUUGUUUCGUUUGGAAUUAUAUUAAAAUACUUGACUUCCAUCUGA